AAGUUUCUAUCUAAUGUGAUCCUACUUUUGCUAUUUCAGAUGUGGAAAGCAACUGCAGGCCAUUCCGUCUCUGUCAGCCAGGAUGAUGGUGCUGAUGACUGGGAGACAGAUCCUGACUUUGUGAACGAUGUGAGUGAAAAAGAACAGCGUUGGGGUGCUAAAACGGUGCAAGGAUCUGGUCAUCAAGAACACAUCAACAUUCAUCAGUUGAGGGAGAAUGUAUUCCAAGAGCAUCAGUCCCUCAAGGAAAAAGAGCUUCAGACAGGACCAAAAGCUUCCCACGGCUACGGCGGGAAGUUCGGUGUAGAACAAGACCGAAUGGACAAGUCAGCUGUUGGUCAUGAAUAUCAGUCUAAGCUUUCUAAGCACUGUUCCCAAGUGGACUCGGUUAAAGGUUUUGGCGGGAAGUUUGGUGUGCAAGUCGAUAGGGUUGACCAGUCUGCUAUGGGGUUUGAAUACCAGGGGAAAACCGAGAAACAUGCUUCUCAGAAAGAUUACACAAGUGGAUUUGGUGGUAAAUAUGGAGUACAGGCCGACAGAGUAGACAAGAGCGCAGUGGGAUUUGAUUACCAAGGAAAAACUGAGAAGCAUGAAUCACAGAAAGAUUAUUCCAAAGGUUUUGGUGGUAAAUAUGGUGUCGACAAGGACAAAGUGGACAAAAGCGCUGUUGGCUUUGAGUAUCAAGGCAAAACCGAAAAACAUGAAUCACAGAAAGACUACACGAGAGGUUUUGGUGGGAAGUUUGGGGUACAGACAGACAGACAGGACAAGUGUGCACUCGGCUGGGAUCAUCAGGAGAAAGUACAACUGCACGAAUCUCAGAAAGAUUAUAAGAGUGGUUUCGGUGGGAAAUUCGGUGUUCAAACAGAGAGGCAGGACCCAUCUGCCGUGGGGUUUGACUACAAGGAGAAACUAGCGAAGCACGAGUCGCAACAAGACUACUCUAAAGGAUUUGGUGGAAAGUAUGGUGUGCAGAAAGAUCGAAUGGAUAAGAAUGCAUCAUCUUUUGAAGAUAUUGAGAAACUGUCAUCAACUUAUCAGAAGACCAAGCCGGUAGAAGCUGUGAAUUCUAAAACAAGCAACAUCAGAGCUAACUUUGAAAAUCUAGCUAAAGAAAAGGAACAGGAAGACAGAAAGAAGGCAGAAGUUGAAAGAGCUCAGAGAAUGGCCCAAGAGAAGCAAGAACAAGAAGAAGCUAGGAAGAAACUAGAAGAACAAGCCAAAGCCAAGGAACAAACUCCUCCUACAUCUCCCACCCCACAGCUAGUGGAAGAGAAACUGCCUUCGAGUCCAGUCUAUGAGGAUGCUGCUCCCUUUGAGUCCAGCUACAAGAACUCAAAUACAAACUACUCUGCAGUACAUGAGUCGGAAACCAAUGGCAAAGCUGAAGAGGCUGACUACCAAGAAGCAAUCAGUCAGCAGGAACCAGAGUAUGAAUCUGAGACGGUUUAUGAAGUGGCCGGGGCACAGAGCCAGUUAACAGCAGAUGAAAAUACUUACGAGUAUGAAAAUGACCUUGGAAUCACAGCUAUAGCCCUAUAUGAUUAUCAAGCUGCUGGUGACGAUGAGAUUUCCUUUGAUCCUGAUGACAUUAUCAUAAACAUCGAAAUGAUUGAUGACGGCUGGUGGCGAGGAGUGUGCAAAGGCAGAUACGGGCUGUUCCCAGCAAAUUAUGUGGAGCUGAGGCAAUAGGAAACCAUAUCUACCAUUGAUGCCUUAAUGCUGUGAUCAUUCAUCUGAUUUUUACACUACAAAUCAUGUUGCAUCGUAGGGUAGCGGAAAGGAUGGAGGGGUCUAUACAUAUUCCUUUUAUAUUUAAAAUACUUUGCUGAUGCUUUUACAAAUGUUUACGGCUCAGAAAUCGCUAAUAUAUUGUAACUUUUACGUUCCUCACCACAGUAUGUUAUCAUAGGUUUUUAAUGUGUUCUGAAAAAA